AGGUUCGCGAAAUCCGUGUUGCUCGCGCAGGUACAGCCCGUGCCGGGCGUUCAAACUGGAGCUGAACGAGGUGAACGAUCAGGCAGGUCAGCGGGAGGUGAUCGCUGAGAACUUGCAGGCGAACGUGCUCAGGGAGCUGAACAUCCUCGUGAAGGACUUCAAGGAGGACAGGAAGAAGCACCUGCAGGAGGGCGCCAGGCUGAUGGCGACCCUCGCCGGACAGAUCGGGAAUCUGGAGCGGGCCAGGAAGGCCUACGAGAAGGCGUUCCGCGAGGCGGAGAGGUCCGUCGAAAACUACCAGAGGGCGGACGCGGAUCUGCAUCUAUCCAGAGCGGAAGUGGAGAAACAGAGGAUGAACAUGACGCUGAAAACGCAGCAGAGCGAGGAGGCGAAGACCGAGUAUGCGAACCAGCUGCAAAAGACGAAUGAAAUGCAGACGUUGCACUAUCACACGGCCAUGCCAGAGGUGUUCCAACACCUUCAGGAGCUGGACGAGAAGAGAAUAAAGAACAUGCGGAACUACAUGCUGAAGUCCGUGGAGAUCGAGCGAGCAGUCGCGCCGAUAAUCGCGCAAUGCUUGGACGGCAUCGAGAAGGCCGCGAACGAGAUUAACGAGAAAGAGGACACAAUGAUGGUGAUCGAGCGCUAUAAGAGCGGGUUCCAGCCGCCGGGAGAUUUCCCGUUCGAGGACCUGUCGGUCGCCAAAACCUACGACAGCAAUAGUCAGCUGUCGCAGCCGGUGAUGCAACCGAUACACAACCACCUGACGGCGAAGGGCACCGUUUCCGGUGGCAAGAUCAAGAAGAGGGUCGGCCUCUUCGGCAUAUUCAGCAGCAACAAGAAGUUGAUCGAGGUGUGCAUAGCUUUAAAGAACAACGUGCCUGGAUACGGGGACGGGGCGAAGGAGGACUGCAGCGAUCUGCCGCCGAACCAGCGCAAGAAGAGACUUCAGCAGAGGCUCGACGAAAUUCAAGCGAAAAUCCAGCAAGAGACAGCGGCGAGGGACGGUCUGAUGAAGAUGAAGGGCGUGUACGAACAGAACCCGGCACUCGGCGAUCCAAUGAGUAUAGAAGGACAACUGAAUCAAUCGAGCAACAAGCUGGAUAAACUCGGCGCGGAGCUGGCAAAGUUCCAAGGUUAUCUCGAAGAAGCGAUGCGCGCCGGCGUCAGUCUGUCCAGUCCCAGUCAAGCUCCGCGAAAGCCCACCAGCAACGGAUCCGCGACCAGACCGUUGAGUUCCAGAAGAUCCAGCCAUUCGGGGGGAGAGGAGAGCCUCUCGAGAUCAGCGUCCGACUCCAGUGUGAGCAACGCGAACGCCAAUCAACCGAUACACAAGAAAAGUGCCCCCGGCACACCGCAACCCACGCACGGUUCCACGAAUAGCCCGGAAUCUGGUCUCGGGGAAUCGAGGACGUCUCUACCUGGUAGCGGCGGUGAAGAAUAUUACGUUGACGAGAUCGAUGCACAGCCACCAUUGGGAACGUGUAGGGCUCUAUAUCCAUUCGACGCUACCAGCGAGGGAUCCAUACCGAUGUUCGACGGCGAAGAGCUGUACAUGAUCGAGUUGGACCAGGGGGAUGGCUGGACUCGGGUCCGACGCAUCUCGCAACCGAUAGAGGGCUUCGUGCCUACAUCUUACAUCGAGUGCCACCUGUUUAACACUUAGCCGCUGCUUCUAGGACGUUAAACGAUUACGAAGCGAGCGGCGAGUCGCGCGAAUGAAGAUGCGAGGGUCUUGAAACGCUAUUCGGUUCAGUGCGAUACAUUGAACGUCGAAGAAUAGCUACCUUGCGAGAUUUCCCGGCUGAAGGGUCUUGUGUUGGUUGAUAGGCACAUAGGAUUUCCGGAACACUGCUACGUUGUAAUCGUGGGCCUAAACGUUACCGUACGAUUCUCGUAUUUACGUACGAGCGUAAAGAUUCCGAUGAUGUGCCAACGGGUUCGACAUGCCUGGUAAGAUCGAUAGAUUGUGCGAAAUGUUUAGUCAAUUACGCCCAACGCGCUACCCUCUGUCCUCCGUGUCGUCAAUCGAACGAGACAUAAGGAAUGAAGGAUGUUAGGAAAGAAGGAGGGAGAGGAGAACAAGCUCGAGCUCCGGCUUGUUAACGAACCUCGACUCAAUGAAUCCUGAACAGGAUAAUCAAGAUUGACCGUAGAGAAAUCGGUCGCCCACGCAUCGGAUACUUCUGAAGUACGGUACCGUUUUCUAUGAAGAAGCACACCCUGAUCACGCUUGACCAGCCUUGGAAAUGUGCCUCUGUACUUUGGUCGUGCACAGCCGAACAAUUAGCAAACACACUGCUGAACGAAAGUAACAUACUUUUCAUAUACCACGUAAUAACGCGCUCCGCCUAUACACGCGUGUCGAAUAUACACGAACAACAGAAUAUUGUGCGAUUGUUGUGUAACUGUACGAAUUUUCUCUAUCUUGUUUCCCCUGUAUAUCGAUUCGAUUGUGAAGCAGGCGACUCAUGGACGAUUCACACACUAUCUCCGCCGACGACCAAGAAACCUGCUAACGCUCUCAACUAUUCAUUUUGUUCGCGUGGACAUGCUACAGCACACCUAUUAACCGGGCGAUCUUUCAACGCUGAACAAAGGCAGGCUCUCUCUUUCAGCAUAUUAAACGAGAAGCUGCUCGAAAGAUACGCACUCAAGUACAAAGGACGAGCGCACUCGUCUUCCACGGUUAACAGGUGACCAGAAGAAAGUAUACUCGUACACGUUAACGUUUCUUGUCUCCGCCGAUGAUAGCGUAUGCGACCAUUUUACAAUUCUGUUGAGUCGUUAUCGUCUUCUAUUGUUGUAUUAGUUUAUUAAUCGACGUCUUCGUUUUUAAGCUCAAGAUGAGGGUGAUUAGGUGGUGCUCUGUACAGCAAGUAGACCUCGACGAGUGGUCGGCAAACGAGUUUUGUUUCUACGAUGUUGCCUGAAUGUGAAUUUAGUUAGGAUAUAUUUCUGUACAUAUUACAAAGGGAUAUGGGAGGAAGAACGGGAGCGAGUGGUACACGUGUGAGUGCCAGGUUCGAUGUAUUCUGCGAGCCGUUGAGUCUCCCUCCGUCGACGGGAACAAUGCGUAAAACAAUGGCAUUUCCGAAACAACCUCCACUUUUCUUUUUCUUCUGCUCCUCCUUCUUCUAGAUCGUAUGAAACGCUAGAGUCUCCGCAUGUUUCGAGGGAGAGCUCAACCGCGCGCCGCGUUACAAAGCCUAGAUUCGUCCUAGAUUCGAUUGCGAUGUAUCGGAGUCGUGUAGUCGUAUAUAUUCUCGCGUAUCAAAGGUAUGUCUAUGUAUAUAAUUAUAUCCAUAUACACGUAUACAGGUUUUUCAUGUUCACGCUAAUACUAGCCAGCAUUUUUCUUGCAAAUGAUAAACAUUGGGAAAAAUUGAAACAGAAUAAAGUUAUACUGUCUUUUUUUGCAAUGAAUGUAAUGGUGUCUGUAUUUUUUUCCAUCUGCAUCAUUUAAAAAAAAUUUGUUUUCAAUGUUUACUAUUUGCGAGAACAACGCUGGCUAGUGUAGCAUGAACACCCUGUAUAUUUAUGUAGAAUCUUGGAAGAGAAAAAAAGGAACCGCCCACGGGACUCGAACACGUGACCUAUUCACUCAUUGUAGCCGAUCGACUCCAUCAAACUUCUUCAUUAGAAUCUUCUGCUUCUAAAUUUUCCUCCUCUUAUUCCGAUUCAGACUCUUCUUCGUCGGAUUCGUCACCGCUUUCGGAUUGUGCGAUUCGUACUCUUCUUAUUCCUUUUCUAUGUAAGUUCCUUCAGCUAGCUUCAUAAUGCAUAUGCCUUCGUUGUUUUUAUCUGGUUUACAUUUUCUUCUCUUUCUAUGACUGUUUUAUCUGCUUCCUUUAUUUCCAUACACGAAUCUAUGCUAUGCUUGUGCGUAUUCGACGUACCAGUACUUUCCUUGUAUGUACUCAUUGUUACUUUUUAUUUUUCUUCGAGUAGUACUUUCUUCACAAUUCAUGUGGCGAUCACUAACUUAAUUUGCUUUCACUUUCGCUUGCGUGAAACUGUAUAAUUUCAACGAAUGCCUCGCUUAACGUCAUUUGUAUCCGUUUUCGUAUACGGUACCACUGCCGCAUCUCAUUUUUGCGGUUUUACGUACAAAAAAGUUACGUACUUUUUACUUUUUAAUCCCAGCUGAGUCCCUAAAUGUAUAUCGGCCAUUGUAACCGAUGAAUGACGACGCGGAUUCGAGUUCCGUGGGUGGUUCCUUCUUUUUUCUCCAAGGUCCAACAUUUAUAUAUAUAUAUAUAUACAUACACAUAUAUAUAUAUAAAUAUAUAUAGUACUAUAAUCACUCAUUAAAAAAGAAUGUAGCUUCGAUAUACAAGAUAUGCAAGUGUACGCAAGUGUAAUACCGAGUAAACGUGAAAAAGAGAUCAGUGGCUCUCUCCUCUGCCGCAGCUGCUGCCAGUUCAAUAGCUAUUACUUGUGUCGCUCCGACGUACGCAAUCUUAUUGUUAAGUCUUGAAUCGCGUGUUUGUGUCGAGGGAUUGAUGGAGCAAAGCAAAUGGCAAGACUUUCGUAAAGGCCUUUUUCUUUUCUCCCUGUCUCUGUUUUCUUCGAAUCCGUCGCAUAGUCACGAUACCGCUGACAAAGCUUGCAAGUUGGAUUACACGGAAGCCACGGUGAUCAACUUCAUUACUAUUUGCCAAGAAGUACUUUUCGCUCUAGCAUACCAAUCCCUCACAUCGCGCCUGUGUAUCACACUUCGUGAAAGUGUAAAAGAGAAUCGUUUACGAUGGUACGAGAAAUGGAAUUAAAAGAAAGUCCGUAACGUCUACCUUAAUUCUUAAAAUUAAACCGCGUUCAUUCUAUGUAUAUUUUGUGAUUUUAUAUUCAUGAACAAGUAUUGUAGAUAAUUAACUCUGUGACUCAUACGUUUAAUUAUUAUUAUUAUUAAUUAUUAUUAUUAAUACUGAAAAAAUACAGGUACUAAACCAA